AUGUCGGAAAUCGACAGAGAGCUCGCGAGAUUAUGGCGGGUGUCUAGGACAGUGCACGAGAUGUGCAAGGAUAGGGGGUAUGCUGUAGCCGAGUACGAGAUCAACGAGACCCUUGAUGACUUUCGGGAUCGAUAUGGUGGAUCAGGUGUACCAGACAGUCGAGGUGGAAUGUCGUUUCCGUGUGACCACGAGAAUGCCCAGGGAGACCGGAUAUACGUCUACUUCUGUCCAGAAAAGAACGUCAGCAAGGCGGCGAUGAAAACGAUGUACGGUGCGCUGGAGAAGCAUUCGGCCAAGAAGGGGAUCAUCAUCUAUGCGGAGAAGCUGUCGAGUGUGGCUCGCAAGACAAUGCAGGAAAUGGCGAGCGAGUACCAUGUCGAAGAGUUCCCCGAAGCCGAGCUGCUCGUCAAUAUCACAAAACACUUCUUGGUACCAAAACACCAGAUCAUGGCGCCGUCCGAGAAGGCUGAAUUGAUAAAGAAGUAUCGGCUGAAGGAGACGCAGUUGCCCCGAAUCAUGGUGACCGACCCAGUAGCCAAAUACUACGGGAUGCGGAGGGGCCAGGUGAUGAAGAUUGAACGUGCGAGUGAGACGGCCGGAAGGUAUAUCACCUACCGGAUCUGCAUGUAA